UUUCAUCCAGUAAUAGUCAUUUAAGUUGUACGGCAAACAUCUCGGAACAAAUAGCAAGACAUCACUAGAGCUGAGGCGUGAGCUUUGUGCUUCGUAGGGCCAGCAACAGCAUACAAAUAAUUACAGUUCUCAUAGUUCCGGUUGUACUCUGUGAAGUUGCCAUUGCAGAAUGACGCACUUGUGGCGGACGAGCAAGAAUAUGGUGGGCUGGUUGCUGGGCCAGCAGCCGGAGCAGUGCAACUGUGAUUGGCCGGAUGAGGAUGAGGUCGAGGUGCAAGAGUCUUCGGGCGUUGGCACUGUCAUAGUCAUAUAUACGGCCCUGGCGGGUCUGUUUAUUGGGGCGAACCUCUUGCCCAGCCAGGUUACCCAGAGCCCACCGGCGUUGCGGGACCGAGACAUACGCAAGGAGCAACAGCGGCGCCGCAGCAAGCAGCCGCCCAACGAUGUCAACAGGCGAUCGAGAAGGAAGCAGCCGCUGGACAAUUUUUAUGAUGCGCUGCAGCCGAACGCAGAGGAGGAGGCCCAGUGGCUGAAAAAGAGCGACCGGGCCAAAAAGAGCGCCAAGGAUGUCUUCUUCGAUGUGCCCAAUGAAAACAAUGAAGAGGAACAUUUCAUUGACGUCCAUGAAGAUAAAGAAUAACUCGUAGCCAACACAUGCGAACAGGAGCUAACUUUUCCGAAAUCGUUUCCCAUUUGCAAUAUCCCAAAUUUUAAAUAAAUGUUAGAUCAGCCUGUCUAAAGCUUGGACUAGAA